AUGCCACCCAAACGAAAGAGAUCCUCGGUGGCGGCAGGGCCCACGGUCAACGGUUCCCCAACUCCAAUCCUCCCUCCUAGCCAAUCCAGUUCAAUCAAGCCAUCUGCCAGACUAUCACGGCAGUCGUCUCGCAGGGGCAAACUUGACACGAAUCCCGAGCACAAUGCAGACAUUAUAGAUAGCAAGAUAGCACUUCGCGCAAGCCCUGAUGCUGAUGAGGUUGGAGAGUCUUUUGACUUGAGUAAAAUCGAGGUGCCUAUAACUCCCGCAAAGGAGAAUGGUGUGAAUGUACAUGUUAAAAACGAGGAUAGCGAUUCGCCCUUGUCCGAUAUUGAGGACGAUAUACCAGUUCCUACGCCCGCUAAGAAACAGAAGAAGAUGCCGACGAAAAGCUCGAUUGCUGCAAAGAAAGGAUCAGAUGAAAUAAAGGUUUUUGUGGCAGAACAGGCUGCUAAAAAGGCUACGGAGAAGAAAAUAAAAAAGGAAGAUCAUGAGGAUGAAUGGGAUAAGAGGCUUGAUCCUGACGGAGACGAUGAGGGACAUGCGGAUGACGCUGAUGCUAUAAAACUAGAGGCAAGAAGACCGCCUCCCGUCAAUAGUGAUUAUCUGCCUUUACCAUGGAAAGGAAGAUUGGGAUAUGCAUGUCUAAAUACCUACCUUAGGUCCUCAACCCCUCCUGUCUUCACAUCUCGAACCUGCCGUAUAGCUUCUAUCGUCGAACAUCGGCAUCCUUUGAAAGAUCCUUCACAGCCCGAGCAUGCCACCAAAAAUCGUCCAGACAAAUCGAAGCCAGCUUCUAUUGAGCGAGGACAGCGGUAUGUUGAAGAAUUGUGUCUGGCAAAUAUCCGUGACCUACCAAAAAUGUUGCGAUGGAAUGAUAAAUAUGGCAUCAAAUUCAUGAGAUUGAGUUCGGAAAUGUUUCCAUUCGCUAGUCAUGCUGAACAUGGCUAUAAGCUUGCCCCUUUUGCUAGCGAAGCUCUUGCGGAAGUUGGGAAAGUGGUAGCUGAAUUGGGACAUCGAGUUAGCACACAUCCUGGACAAUUCACACAAUUGGGUUCCCCACGCCCAGAGGUCAUUGCAAAUGCAUUUCGAGACCUCGAAUAUCAUGAUGAAAUGCUCGGACUCCUUAAGUUACCAGCUCAAAUCGACAAAGAUGCAGUUUUAAUCCUACACAUGGGAGGUACAUUUGGCGACAAAGGUGCCACAAUCGAUCGCUUCCGCGAAAAUUACGCCAAACUUUCACCAUCCAUCAAACGACGACUAGUCUUAGAGAACGAUGACGUAUCAUGGACUGUUCAUGAUCAUCUUCCCAUCUGUGAAGAACUUAACAUUCCUCUGUGUCUCGACUUUCACCACCAUAACAUCAUGUUCGAUUUUAAUCAAAUCCGUGAAGGUACUAAAGACAUCAUGGAUCUCUAUCCUAGAAUUCAAGCUGGAUGGACUAGAAAAGGUAUCACACAGAAAAUGCAUUACAGCGAACAGACUCCCCAAGCUGUUACUGGACGCCAGAGACGAAAACAUAACCCUAGACCAGCCACACUUCCACCCUGCGUAAAUGAUAUGGAUUUGAUGAUUGAAGCGAAGGAUAAAGAACAAGCUGUAUUCGAACUAAUGAGGACAUUCAAAUUACCAGGAUACGAUACAUUCAAUGAUAUCGUGCCAUAUGAGAGAGACGAUGACAAUCGCGUUUUACCCAAGAAGCCCAUAAAGAAAAAGACAAAGAAACAAAUCGCAGAAGAGAUUGAGGAAUUUGGCCAUGAGAUUGAAGAGGAGGAAGAACCAACCAAGGAAGUAAUACCAAAAGAAGAAGUUGGCAUGGGAGGAAAGGAGAAUCGUGUGUAUUGGCCAAUAGGUAUGGAAGAAUGGUUGCGACCAAAGAAAAGAGAAAUCAAGAAGAAAGGAACGGAGGGGGAUAAAGAAGAAGAGGAGAUGUUCAAGAACCCCACACCAGCAAAUUUUGAGGCGAGGAAAAGAAUUAAUGAGAGGAAGAGGAUGCCAUUUGAUGAGGGGGUUAAAGAGAAACUGGCGAAGGCGGGGUGUCUGAAUGAUGUUUUGGAGGUUGUGGAAAUGGUUCAGAGUGCACAGGCUAAAGUGGAUGAGAAGGCGGAGGUCAAUGGGUUUGCGACGGGACCUGGUGGCUCGUCUAAAAAGAUUACUCCAGCUAAGAAGAAGGCGGCACCGGCGUUAGCGAAGAAUAGGAAUGCGAAGAGGGUGCAGACGCCGAGUGCUAGCGUUUCGAAUGAGGAGGAUUUGAGUAUGCCCGAUUUGUCGGCUGAUGACAACGAAUUGGCGAAACCGGUAACGAAAGUAAGGCCGGCUAGACAGAGUGGGAGAGCUGCGGCAAAGAAGAGUUAUGUGGAGGUUGAUGGGGAGGGGGAUGAGGAUGGGGAUGAAGAAUAG